CUGGAGAUAUCGUUUUCCAUCCUCCCCGAAGAUAUCAGACAGCCAGUCCAGCAGUUUUGCCUCAAGCUGCGACGACGAUAGCUUCACAGCAACCUUGUCUUCUGCCCACCAUGGCUCUUCCCCCAAAAUGGUACCAGUUCCUCGUCAGCGUGUUCGCCUCCCUGGGAUCAUAUCUAUAUGGCUACGAUCUCGGUGUGAUUGCCGAGGUCGUGGCUAGCAGCACGUUCACGAAGAAGUUCCAUCCAGAUGAUACCCAAUCAGGCCUUGUGGUAUCCAUGUUCACCACAGGCGCUUUCUUCGGCGCUGCCCUCGGUGGCCCCAGCGGCGACUAUUUCGGCCGUCGCUGGACUAUCACCUUCGGCGCUGUGAUUUUCUGCCUGGGCGGAGGACUGCAGACUGGAGCACAGACCAUCCACUUCCUCUGGUCCGGACGAUUCCUGGCGGGCUUGGGCGUCGGCUUCCUCGUCAUGAUCAUACCACUGUAUCAGGCUGAGCUUGCGCAUCCGAGUAUUCGAGGCCGCAUCACAGCCCUGCAACAGUUUAUGCUAGGUGUAGGUGCGCUGGUUGCCUCUUGGAUCUCGUGGGCUACAUAUGUGCAUAUCCCCAACAACUCCGCACAAUGGCGCGUACCUCUAGGACUACAGAUCAUCCCUGCCGUCUUCUUGGCCUUGUUGAUCUUCAUGUUUCCGGAGUCUCCUAGAUGGCUCAUGGACCACAACAAAGCAGACAAAGCACUCAAAGUCCUCGCUCAGCUCCACGCUCACGGCAACGAAGAAGAUCCAUGGGUCAUGGCCGAGUAUGAACAGAUCCAGUCCUCUAUCGCAUUCGAACACGAGAACGAAGCGAAAUCCUACUUCGAACUCUUCCGCUCUCGGUCGUCCUUCAGACGCCUGUUUCUCUGCUGUGCAUUGCAAGCUUCGGUGCAGAUGACCGGUGUAUCAGCCAUACAAUACUACAGCGUCACCAUUUACGGGCAGAUAGGAAUCUCGGGCAACGACACUCUCAAAUACCAAGGCAUCAACAGUAUCAUCGCACUAAUCGCCCAGUUCUGCACGAUCUUAUUCAUCGACAAGACUGGUCGUCGCUGGCCUUUAAUUUUGGGCAAUCUCGGUAACAUGGUCACCUUCAUCAUCGCGACGAUUCUCCUGGCCAAGUUUCCCCCAGGGCUUUCGACGAACCAUGGCGCGCAGUGGGGGUUCAUCAUAAUGACCUGGCUUUACAACUUCAGCUUCAGUUGCACAUGCGGGCCGCUAAGCUGGAUCAUCCCCGCCGAAGUCUUUGACACACACACACGAAGCAAGGGCGUGAGUUUCGCCACCAUGACCAGCUUCGCGUUCAACACCAUGAUUGGACAAGUCACACCCAUCGCCAUGACGAACAUCGGUUACCGCUUCUACUUUGUCUUCAUCAUCUGCAACUUCACUAAUGCCAUCUUCUUUUGGGCAUUGCUUCCCGAAACGGCACGCCGCCCUCUCGAGGAGAUGAACUAUCUGUUUGAAAAUGCGCCGUGGAUUGUUGUCGGGACCACAAAGGACAGCUACGCCAGUCAUGAUCUGGAGAACAGGUUGAAUGAGAUCGCACAGCGAGCGGAGAUCAAAAGGAGCGAGAGUGUAAUGCAUGAUGAAAAGGUGGUGCAUUGAGAUGGACACCUGUGGGCUGCUCGACUCUGGUCUUUUCAAACGCUAACAGCCAUGAGGACCCCUUUCUCCGGAGAGGUUCGACAGUGGUCUUCUGGCAGUUGCAUGGCUGUUGGAGCCUAUCGCAUGUCUGUUGCAUGUGUGCAUGGAUGGUGACAUUGACGCAGCGUGCCCUUUCAUAUCCAGUCAUUGAUAUUGAGCUGCAUCUAAUGUGUCACAACAAUGAUAAAGAUACUUCAACAACCAUUUUCAAGCAGGAAAAAUG